AUGGCACUGGUCGCGGUUGUUUUCUGGGCAGCUGGGCGUCCUGCGAGCCUUUUCAGCCGCAGACACGUUAUAGCGAAACUGCCUGCUGUGUUCCCUGAGAAGGCUGAGAGAGCAAUGCUGCCACCAAGUGGUGCUGCAACUUCAACAGCCACAACGACGCCAGCAACACCUGCAACGCUUGCGACACUAGCAACACCAGCAAAGCCAACACCAACACCACCAACACCACCAACACCAGCACCAAAGCCAACACCAACAACACCAUGGACGCCAAGGGCGCCAAGGACAACGACAACAACGACAACAACAACAACGACGGCAACGACAACAACGACAACGACGACAACGACGACAACAACGACAACGACAAAUGUCAGCGGCAGUGCACACGUUGCAACAGUGCAUCGUUCUUCUCGCUUUGCAAAUGUCAGCGGCAGCGCGCAGCUUUCCCCAUCGCUGCCGCAGCACGCUCCGGAUGCGGCUUUUGCUGCAGAGGAAGAUUUGCGGUACUUCGAUCACUUCCAGCGUGUCUUGAAGCGGUACAGUUCACAUUCGCCAUAUUCGCCUGUGUUUUGGAUCGAGCCUUCCUUCUCCUGCCCAACUGAAGACCUGGUCAGCGGGGAUAUGUGGUGGUGCAAAGGCUUGCUAGAUGCGAAGCAAGCUGGCCGAACUUGCGUGGUUUAUGACUUCGGCAGUCAUGGAUUUGACCAGCUUGAGCAAAAUAUGAGUCGACUUGCGACUUGUGAGGUCCACACUUUUCGCCAAAGCUGGUUGAGCAGCAGUGGCAGUUUGAAGCACCCGUAUACCAUUGGUCCAACUGACAGCGAGCAAGCCCACACAAAUGCUUCAACUCGAAUGAAGCGACUCAGCACCAUCAUGAGAGAGCUCGGGCACGAUGUCGCAGACGUCAUCAGGAUCGAUGCGCAAGGGUUAGAGUUCCAGAUCAUCCAUGACAUGGCUCUGACCAACUCCAUUCGAGCAGUUCGGGAGAUGCAAAUUGAGGUGCACAGGGGAGACGGACAAGAUAAGCAAGUUUGGGAUAUGAUGGACAUCCUUAACAGCCACGGGAUGGUGGUGUUUCACAAGGAGAAUAUCGCGAGAAGCACCAAGGCGGCUAACUACGCUGUGAUGCAUGUGGCUCCACGUCCUGACUUGUUGCGACCUCGGCAGGCUCUGUCUCCAUCCGGCGCUGAAGCGCCAGACUUCUUCUCAGAGUAUGCGCAUCUGCACAAGACAGAGCGCGUGAUAUGCGGUCGAAUACUUGUGUUCGACUGCAAUUUGGUGACUGAUUGUGGUGGUCUCGCUGAUCGUAUCACAGGUACGGUAACAGCAGCGAUGGUGUCCAUUCUCACGAAUCGUUCCUUCGUCCUGCACCAAGACUAUUUUGACGAGUCUUUCCAGCCAGCCAACCCAGAUGUGGACUGGCGUUGGAGCAAGGAGCUGGAGAAUUGUACCCGCGACAGCGGUCCAGUGUUUCGGUUUGUGAACAAAGACAAUGCUUGGAACGACUUUCUGGAGCACUUCGGUGAUCGCCCCAUCGUCCGCGUGCAAUCCAAUAGGGGGUUUUUGCAUGGGCUGCUGGACCAUCCUAGGUUCCGCCAGCAGCUUGCCAAAUGGGGACUCACCAAGUGCAACAUAUUUGGACGAAUCUUCGACGGCCUUUUCAAGCCCACCCAGGCUUUGACAAGCACGGUGCAGAAGUUCCUGCAGUUGCAUGGAGAUUUGGGUGAGAAGCCUACUUUGACCGUGGGAAUGCAUUUCAGAAUGGGCGACGGGUCCUUUGACCCUAGAGUGGCUGCUCUUGCAGUUGGUCGUGACGUGAUUAACUUCUGGGACCUCACGUUCAAGUGCGCACAGAGCGCUACCUCUGCAGCAGUCGCGUUGUGGGGGGCACCAGUGAAGGUGCAGCACAUCCCGUGUUACCCCAACUGUUGCAGUUAUAGCACUAGCCAAGUCGAACGCACAGGAUUGUUCAGGUGUUUUUUAGAUGGCUCCGCAACUACUCAAGUCAAUUAUUGCAGUAGUGACACAAAAUGUGGAAGAAGGUGA